AGUCCAGCCUCGCCGAUGAAGAAGCCGGGCAAGCUCGACCUGCCCUCCCACGAGUCCACCAUCGGCAAAUUCCUGACGCAGAGCGGGACGUUCAGGGACGGCGACCUGCUCGUCAACAAGGACGGGCUCCGCAUCGUCUCGCACAGCGAAGAAGGCGAGGCUACUACAAUAGAGCCACUGGAUAACCAUCAGUUGAGCAUAGAUGAUCUAGACUCAAUCAAAGUGAUUGGAAAAGGUAGUAGUGGAAACGUGCAACUGGUGCGCCACAAAUGGACUGGCCAGUUUUCUGCUCUGAAGGUUAUACAACUUAAUAUUCAGGAAAACAUACGCAGACAGAUUGCCCAGGAGUUGAAAAUAAGCUUGUCAACACAGUGCCAGUAUGUUGUCACAUGCUAUCAGUGUUUUUAUGUUAAUGGUGUUAUUUCUAUUGCUUUGGAGUAUAUGGAUGGUGGUUCUCUGGCUGAUUUCCUGAAGACUGUUAGAACCGUUCCAGAGGACUACCUGGCUGCAAUUUGUAAGCAGGUAUUGAAAGGGCUGAUGUAUUUGCACGACGAGAAGCACAUUAUACACCGAGACCUGAAACCGUCGAAUAUAUUAAUAAAUCAUCGGGGUGAAGUAAAGAUAUCGGAUUUUGGUGUUAGUGCCAUCAUUGCUACUUCUUCUGCACAGCGAGAUACAUUUACUGGAACAUUUAACUACAUGGCGCCAGAAAGAAUCAGUGGGCAGAAACAUGGUUAUAUGAGUGAUAUCUGGAGCUUGGGCCUGGUUAUGCUGGAAUGUGCCACUGGAAAUUUCCCAUAUCCUUCUCGUGAUAGCUUUUAUGAACUUCUUGAAGCUGUUGUCGACCAACCACCACCAUCUGCACCAUCAGACCAGUAUUCACCGGAAUUCUGUUCAUUCAUUUCUGCAUGUAUCCAGAAAAAGGCUACAGAUAGGUCAUCUGCACAGACCCUAUUAGCUCAUCCGUUCCUGAGCAUGUAUGAUGAUCUGAAUAUCGAUCUUGCUGACUACUUCACGACUGCGGGAUCGCCACUUGCCACCUUCCAGCAAAUCGCUUCUUGAGACGACAAGUGCGCAGCCAAUUGCAAUGAGCUGGAGGAUUCAUCGUCCUUUUGUAGAGCGGAGCUAACUAAAGCAAGUGAUUGGAGUUUUUCUCCUUUUUGUUCAUGGAUUGGGAUGUGAUGAUAUCUUUGAAACUGAGUAUGACAUAUUAUUUGGCUGCAUUAUCAUACGAACACAACUUUUUAGCGUCAAUGAGCAUUAAAGUUUUGCCUGGAUGCAUGCUACAACUGUCUUUUUUGUUUGACUUUGACCUUUGUUAUGUAUCCGCUUUGUGCUUUUGGAUUUUAUUUAUUGUAAUGAAAUCA